AUGGAAAAGAAACCAGAGGUCCUACCUUCCACCAAGUCGGACUUGCUUCUCCUAGACCCCUCUCCUCCUUAUCCUACCUCCCUCUGCCCUCAGGCAGCCCACCCAUCAGCUCCGCCGGAGGACCCACAAGGAGCAAGGGAGGGACCUGCGCAGGGGAUGCAUAGUAGGCAAGCAGCCCCUCCGGAGGCUGUUCCCACCCUCCCUCUGCGGGCUUAUGGCCCUCCUGAUGAAGAAGGCAACCAGCCCUUACAAUACUGGCCUCUCUCCUCUUCCAAUCUUUACAACUGGAAAUCUCAGAAUCCCCCUUUCUCUGAAAAACCCCAGGGUCUCACUAACCUUGUAGAAUCCCUCCUCUUUACUCAUCAGCCCACCUGGGAUGACUGCCAGCAGCUCCUCCAGGUCCUGUUCACCACUGAGGAGAAACAACAAAUCCUCCUGGAGGCUUGAAAGAACGUUCCAGGAGACGAUGGACAACCUACCCUCCUCCCUGAUGUUAUAGAUGCAGGAUUCCCAUUGACCAGACCAAACUGGGACUUCAACUCGGCAGAAGGUAGGGAGCAUCUGAAAGUCUAUCACCAGGCUCUAAUGGCAGGUCUCUGAGGGGCAGCAAAAUGCCCCACCAAUUUGACUAAGGUAAGAGAGGUAAUCCAGGGACCCAAUGAGUCUCUGUCAGCAUUUUUGGAGAGACUCAUGGAGGCAUUCCGUCAGUUUACUCCGUAUGAUCCUAGUAGUGAGGAGCACAAGGCUACAGUGACAGUUGCUUUUAUUGACCAGUCUAGUAGAGACAUCAGGAAGAAACUGCCGAAGCUUGAAGGGUUACAGGAUAAGUCAUUGAGGGAAUUAGUGCAGGUGGCUGAAAAGGUUUAUCAUAAUAGAGAGUCAGAGGAAGAAAAAGAGAGAAAGCAGAAAGAGCAGGAGGCUAAAGAAAUAAAGAGAGAAAAGCACCAAGAAAGAAAUCGUCACAAAAUUCUGGCCACUGUAGUUAGGGAAACUAAGGAACCUAGUAAGACAGUACCAGGCAGCAAGAAGGAGCCCCUAGCAAAAGAUCAGUGUGCAUUCUGCAAGGAGAAAGGACACUGGGCUCGAGAAUGCCCCAAGAAAAAGAAAAAGCCUCAGGCCCCCAAAGUCUUGGCCCUGCAGGAAGACAGUGAUUAGAGGGGACAGGGUUCGGACCCCCUUCCCGAACCCAGGGUAACCCCUACAGUGGAGGGGAAGCCCACUCAGUUCUUGGUAGAUACUGGGGCUCAGCAUUCAGUGUUAUUGCAAACAGAUGGACCCCUCUUAAAUAAAAAAUCAUGGGUAGAAGGGGCUACAGGGAGCAGACAAUACCCAUGGACUACCCGAAGAAUGGUGGACCUAGGCAUGGGCCGGGUAUCCAACUCAUUCAUUGUCAUUCCUGAGUGCCCCUACCCACUGCUGGGAAGAGACCUCCUCACCAAAAUGGGUGCUCAAAUCCAUUUUGACCCCGAGGGACCUCGGGUGUUAAACCGACAAGGAAAGCCUCUCCAGGCUUUAACUCUCAGGCUGGAAGAUGAAUACCAAUUGUUUGCGAGACAAGGGCAGGAGACCGGACAGAUGGACUGGUGGUUAGAAAACUAUCCCCAGGCAUGGGCAGUAACUGCAGGGGUAGGGAAAGCUAAAAACAAGACCCCCGUCCACAUAGAGCUGAAGGCUCAAGCCAGUCCUAUAGCUGUCCGACAAUACCCAAUGUCCCGAGAGGCACACGAAGGCAUCCGACCCCACAUUGCCUGUUUGCUCCAGCUGGGGAUCCUAUGGAAGUGCCAAUCAGCCUGGAACAUGCCCUUGCUACCAGUCCGAAAGCCUGGGAUUAAUGACUACCGACCGGUCCAGGACCUCCGAGAGGAAAACAAGCGGGUGACCAACCUCCACUCCACGGCCCCUAACCCCUCUAAUCUUUUAAGCUCUCUACCCCCAGACAGGGCCUGGUCCUUGGUACUGGAUCUCAAAGAUGCAUUCUUCUGCUUACUGCUGGCUGUAAAAAGUCAAGAUUACUUUGCCUUCGAAUGGAAAGAUCCAGAGACUGGCCUAGCAGGGCAACUCACAUGGACCCGCCUGCCUCAAGGAUUCAAAAACUCGCCCACCAUCUUUGAUGAGGCCCUCCACCAGGACUUGGCCAUGUUCCGGGCCUCUAACCCCCAGGUAACUCUGUUGCAGUAUGUAGAUGACCUCCUCCUGGCAGCGGCUGACGAGGAACUGUGUCUGGAAGGAACAAAGCGUCUCCUCACAGAGUCGGGAGAACUGGGCUAUCGAGCCUCUGCCAAAAAGGCUCAGAUCUGCAAGCGACAG